AUGGAUGUGGAAGAAGCUUUUCAGAUCGUUGGAGAGUUCGGCGCCUACCAGAAGCGAGCCGUGGCCAUCCUGGCUCUUACCCAGGUGUACAUGGCGUGUCAGUCCAUGCUUGUGGUUCUGAUUGGAGCCACUCCUGAGUUUCACGUGGAGAAGCACGACGGUGGCCAGUCCUCGGUCACAUUUUUUGGGGACGUGGACUCCAUCGUCACCGAGUGGCUCCUGGUCAAACAACAGGCUUACAAGGUCAGCUUAGCCGGAUCGCUCUUCUUCGCCGGCCUCCUGCUUGGGAGCUUCGUAUUCGGACCGCUCUCCGACACCAUCGGCAGGAGACCAGUUUACCUGUCGGCUCUGUUUUUGGAGGUGCUGUUGGGCUACGCCACGGCGGCGUCACCGAGCUUCGAGCUGUUCGCUGCAUCGCGCUUGCUGGUAGGUCUGAUGAACGGCGCCAUCGGCCUGGUCUGCUUCAUCUUGACCCAAGAAUACGUCGGCAAGUCCUACUGGGCCACCGCAGGCACGCUGACCAGCAUGACUUUUGCGGUGGGCAUCGCCCUCUUCGCAGCUCUGGGUUUCGCCAUCAGGCCGUGGAGGACCCUGGCAGCGGCGGCCAACACUUGGGGGGUCCUGUGCUUCCUGCUGUCUGUAACGCUCCCGGAGUCGCCACGGUGGCUCUACUGUCGCGACCGCAGCCGGCAGGCAGAGGAGGUGAUGCGUGACAUGGCGCUGGCCAACGGACGUCCCGCUAGCGAGCUGACUCUGCGGCGGGCUGGCGGAAAGAGCGGCGAAGGUAGCGGAGGCGGGCCGGGCGUCCUUCAGCUGUCGACCCAUCCCCUCCUCCGCUUUAGGACGCUCCUGCUCACGUACAUUUGGUACGUGUGCAGCCUGGUGUACUACGGCCUGACGCUAGGCGCUGGCGACAUGUCGGGAAAUCGCUACCUGAACGUUGCCAUGUACGGCCUGGUGGAGCUGCCCGCCUACCCGCUCUGCGUCUACUUCAUGAGCAAACCCUGGGCCGGCCGGAGGAAGAGUUUAUCGACUUUCUUGUGUUUGGCGGCUUUAGCCUGCCUCUGCACCAUCUUUGUGCCGGAGAAUGCAGAGUCGUCGGCAGGUGCGACGGCCUUGGCGUUGUUGGGAAAACUGACGGUGAGCGCAGCAUUCAACAUCGUCUACGUGUACACGUCAGAGCUAUACCCCACAGCGGUCAGGAACGCCGGCCUGGGAAUUUGCGCCAUGUCCUGCAGAGUCGGGGGUAUUCUCGCUCCCUUCGUUCCAAGCAUGCGGCAGUUGUCCAGCGCGCUGCCGUUUGGCAUCUUCUGCCUGAGCGGCCUUUCCGCCGGAGCUUUGGUGCUCCUGCUGCCCGAGACGCUGGGCGUGCCACCAGUCCACACAUUGGAAGAACUCGUUCCUGGCUGCAGCAGAGUUCUGGAGAACAAGCCUCUCCUCUAUGAGGACGACAAAUGAGAAACGGGAUGGUCUUCAAGGUGCAGAUCCCGACGGACUUCCGACUGCAGCUCUUCACUCAAACUGGCCAAUGCCGAUUCGGCCUGCCGGAGGAAUGUGGCGUUACCGCAGAUGAGCGCACGGUGCCCGGAGAGCCUCGGCAGUCAGCUAGCCUCCCCUCACCUUCCGACUCAGCGACCUACCCGACCGGGCGCGUCGAGGUUGGAGCCGGCUGGCUGGCCUGAGGCUCAUGGCGGCGACGAGGGAGCUCGCGGCGGGCUCCUUGCUCUUUGA